GAUGUGGCCGCGCCGGAAGAGAAGCGCGUCUCCUCAGGGCCCGCCAUCUUGUGCGGCAGCGAGCAGGGCGCGGGGGGCCCGGUAGCAUCCGCGCAGGAUCCCGCCGACGGGGGCCCAUCAUGCCCGGACACCUGCAGGAGGGCUUCGGGUGCGUCGUCACCAACCGCUUCGAUCAGCUCUUCGAUGACGAGUCCGACCCCUUCGAGGUGCUGCGCGCGGCGGAGAGCCGGAGGAAGGAGAGCGGCGGCGGCGGCGGCGGGAGCCAAGCGGGCGGCGGGGCCCGCGGCCCGGCGGGCGCCCAGAGCGGCUCCUCGGGCGGGGCCGGCGGAGUAGGCCAGGCGGGCGGCGGCGCGGGCAGCGCGGCCAAGCAGCUGCGCAGGGAGUCGCAGAAGGAGCGCAAGAACCCGCUGCCGCCCUUCGCCGGCGGGGACCGCCGGGAGGAUGGCGGGGGCCAGCCCGGAGCGCCGCUGCGGAAGGAGGGGAUAAGGAGGAUUGGCAGGAGGCCUGAUCAGCAGCAGCAGCAGCAGCAGCAGGGAGAAGGCAAACCCAUCGACAGGAGACCCGAGCGACGACCUCCCCGCGAGCGCCGCUUCGAGAAACCCGCCGAGGAGAAGGGCGAGGGAGGAGAGUUCUCCGUGGAUAAACCCAUCCUGGACCGACCCAUGCGUGGACGUGGAGGCCUGGGCCGGGGCCGCGGCCGCGGGCGCGGGAUGGGCCGAGGAGAUGGCUUUGACUCUCGUGGCAAACGGGAAUUUGACAGACACAGUGGCAGCGAUAGAUCUUCUGUUUCACAUUCACAUUUCAGCGGCCUAAAGCACGAGGACAAGCGCGGUGGCAGCGGAUCACACAACUGGGGAACCGUCAAAGACGAACUAACUGAAUUGGAUCAGUCAGCUGUAACUGAGGAAACGCCGGAGGGAGAGGAGCAUCCGCCUGCUGAUUCUGAAAACAAAGAGAAUGAGGUUGAAGAAGUUAAGGAAGAAGGCCCCAAGGAAAUGACCCUGGAUGAGUGGAAAGCCAUUCAAAGCAAGGAUCGUGCAAAAGUCGAGUUCAACAUCCGCAAACCAAACGAGGGAGCUGAUGGGCAGUGGAAAAAAGGAUUUGUGCUCCACAAGUCAAAGAGUGAGGAGACAAAGGCGAUGACAGAAAUGCAGGGGAGUCUGCUGGAUUCAAAUGAGGCUCACGCUGAGGACUCGGUCAUGGAUCACCACUUCCGCAAGCCCGCCAACGACAUCACAUCCCAGCUGGAGAUCAACUUUGGAGACCUGGGCCGCCCCGGGCGCGGCGGCAGAGGGGGCAGGGGCGGCCGGGGCCGCGGGGGCAGGGCCAGCCGUGGGGGCAGGACCGACAAGUUGGUCAAGGAGUUUGAUGUGAUCCACACGCCCAACCAGUCAAGUGCUUCUGCUCCUGACGUAGAUGACCCAGAGGCUUUCCCAGCUCUGUCCUAAACUGGAUGUCAUAAAGCCAACCCUGCCCUGGUCGGGCCUUCCUCUCCGAGGCUUGCAUGCUUAAGGAUCCUAAAACAACUAAGAAAUUGAAAAAAACAAAACAAAAAAAAAAAAAAAAGAGACUGUCAUUCAUACCAUUCACACCUAAAGACUGAAUUUUAUCUGUUUUGAAAAUGAACUUCUCUCGCUACACAGAAGCAACAAUAUGGUAGUCAAGUUUUGUAUUUAGAAAUGUAAUGGUAGCAGGGAUGUUUUCAUAAUUUUUUCAGAGAUUAUGCAUUCUUCAUGGAUACUUUUUUGUAUUGCUGCUUGAAAAUAUGCGUUUCCAAACUUGAAAUAUAGGUGUGAACAGUGUGUACCA